UCAUUACAUGCUCACCGUCAAGCGAAGCCUCGCACUUUUUGCUCCGAUGUAGAAGCGCUCAGCUUUGUUGUUCAACGAUUUAACUGUAAUAAAACAACCGCGCUGAUGCGAUUUAUGGAAAUAUAGACCGAUUUUCUUUGUGUUAACAACUGCCAAGUCACGUAUCAGCGAUACGAUCAAGAUUGCUGCAAGUGAAUUUAUCUCGUGUUUGAUUGCAUUGCGGAUUAAGGGCCGUCAAAAAAAUGAUGAAAUCAAACUGUAAAAUAUGGAACUGAAGUUGACUGAGUGGGAUUUUGUGCAAAGACUCUCUCCGCGUUGCGAGGACGUAAUUGAAAAGUGCAAAUUAAGGAGUUUUCCUCAUGACGUUAUCCGACAUCCUCCGGCAGCAGGACGUUUCCUGGACCGCGAUGCUGCCUCCGUGAUGAUAUCGUCUCGUGGUCACCGAUGCUCCGCAGGCUCGCAACCUUUGACGAAACAUCGGCCCCAAGACCGGCAUGGGAAGACACUCAGGCGUGUGUUCAAGAGGAUCGAAAAAAAGCGUAAUUCUCUACACAACGGACUGCGGUGAAGAGAAGGAAGAUUUUGGCUUGAAGAUUCAGCAGCGUUCGAUAUCUCUAACCGCCUUGCACACCGGGAGCAACGCUCAACAGCAACAACUUCUAGAGCCGAGAAUGGCGCAGCUAGAAACUUUGGAGGCUAAGAUGGCCAGCAUCGAGGUAUCCCUCUCGACUACGCCGAGGCGAAAAAAGGGCGGAAGCAUCGCCGGGGUGACUUCGUCGCCUGCGGGACAUCGGGCAAGGGAUGUUGGCAAGGAAUUGGACGCCCUCCGAACAGCCCUUCGGGACAAGGAAAAUAUUAUACAGAACUUGAAGGGACAACUGUGCAAUACGCUGAGCAGUCGUUUAUCCCUGCGAAACGGACCUUCCUUGACCGAAUCCGACCGGAAGGCGGCUGAGGAUCGACUCCAAAGAUUGCGUCGCGACGCCGACAACAAACGGCUGGCCAUAAAAAACCUCAAGUUGGCUUUGGAACGGCUCGAUAUUACCGACAACAUAGACGUGCGGAUACAGCAGGCAGAAUUGGAGUACAGAUUGGGAAGGGAAGAACUGGAACUGUUGACCCUUCGGGAAGAGAGUCGAGCCCUUCAGGCGGCCUUAGAGCUUGCGGACACGCAAGAGAAGCAGAAAAAUCACACGAUAUUCAGCUGUAUUUCCGGAUCCACGCAAGUCACCGUUCACGCCCUCGAAGUCAGCGCCGACCCUAAGAGUCCCAGAUUUGGGGCCGGGCCCAGAGACGAUGCACCGGGCCUCUACGUCGAUUGGGCCGUUGAAGAUUCGGGACUUUGCAAGGGCGACAGAAUACUGGAGGUGAACGGCAAGCUGGUCGUAGGUGCCGGAAGGAGCGAUCUUGCCAGACUUUUGGCUGUCGCACCGGAUGCGGCGCAAGUCGUUGUUCUGCGGAAGGGCGAAUCCCUCGCUGCUCUUCGCACCCUCAGAUCCGACAACCUUCGGCUCACUCACAGGAUCGGUUACCUCGAGGAACAGGUCAGGGACCUUUUGACUCCAUCUCGACCUCCGGCACCCGCCGAACCUCCGCCCAGUCGUCGCGAACACGUGCAGGUUUUUCAAAAGGGACCCCAAGUCACGGCUCUGGUUGGAAACCUGCCGGGUCUGGGGGCGAAAAGUCCGGCCGAAUUGAGGCAGAGUCUGCCCACUGUCAGAACGAGACACGGGGAUCAUCCUCGUCGGAUGAACGAAACACGGCUCUCGAAGGAGUCGGACUUCGGAUCCGACGGAGCAACGAGCCACGGUCACAAGGCGAAAACCAGGCAGAGACCCCAGGGUUAUCAGUUGGCCAGAUCGACGGCUAGCCUUGACUGCAAGCAGUCGCAUUCCGGGAUACAGCGGAGACCGCUUCGCGCGGAAUCCGCCAUGGAACAAGUUCACAAAAGCAGGAGAAACGCCCCUUCCUUACAGUCUCUCGAAUUCGACUCGGAGCCAACGUACUACCGAAUACAGGAUUCCCAAUCCAGGGCAUCCGAGCAGUCGGACGGAUCCGUGAUGUGUUCAGGAUCCCACGAAAGCCGGACGCGUCCAACGCCACCAAAGAAGCCUCUACGUUUGUCGUUGCACAGAGCAGCUAGUCUCCAAUCGGUUGAAAGUGCACCGCCAACGCCUCAGCACGAAAUAAGUCGAAAACCGGUGAAGAGGAAUUACCGGGGCGAUCCUCCGACGGGCUUGGACAGAACGGAAGUUUACUCGGAGCGCGGAAACGAGCCGCUUCAGCCCAUCCAUCCAGCUGCUGGUAAUCAAGCUCCGCAACCACCUCCGAGAACUCCGUCCAGGGCAGAAUCCUGCCAAAGCGCUUUAAGGUGGCCUUCUCCGAGGCCGAGACCCCAGCUCGCCUCUGUUCCGAUGGAGAAAUGGUGCUGAUGACGGGAUGCAUGGACGCAAGAAUUAUCUGUGGAUUUUAGGGCGGCGUAUUCAGGCAGGCGGCUGGAACAGUGGGUGAAAUUUGAAAAUUUGUACCUGGAUCGGUGUUUGUUUUGUUUAAAAAGUAUUGCGUGGAUCGAGAUUUAUUUACGUAUUUUUUUUUUUUUUUUUUUUUUAAGCGUAAAACAUGUACACCCAGCUAAAUGCUUAAAGUUGUUGGUAAUAAAAAUAAUUCCUGACGAGUGAUUCCGAUAAAUAAAAUAUGUGUAAAUGAAUCUCGAUUUAAGUACAUACUUUCGAGUUAUAGAAACCUUAAUUGCAUCGAGUAAUUGGUUGUCGAUAUGUAAAUUACCAAAAUUCAUCCGGGAUCUCGGCGUUCUAAACAGAAAUUAUGGGCAGCUGGCUCGUCUACGAUUUAUGUUUGUUCUUAAUAGGCGUGUCUCUCCAAGGUACCAAGUUUCUCUAUGAAUUUCCUCGAACAAUCUGCACCAUCAGUUUUACCAAUAUUGUCGGUCUUGCCAGUAGCUUUAAAAGCUAAAGACUGAACGUUUUAAAUCUAUCAGAAAUAAGUAGUUACGAAUGUUAUACCUAUGCGUGUAAUACAUAAUUAUAUAUGCUAACAGUAUUCGACAGUGUAUUUUCCCAGGCUCAAAGCGUUGAGUUUAGUAUAUUAGAUUAACAAUGGA